GGGGUGGCUUCCAUGUCCCACUACUGGUUAUGGAUCCUCCCUAUAGAAAAAAGCGGGAGGUUUUCGGUCCUCUAGGACUCCCGCCAAAAACCACAUCAUGUCGUCCUGGCAAGAAAUAUGACGUCAAUAUCUCAACGGUAUUUAAAACUGGGACCAAUUUCGAUUUUUCCCAAAAGACCUUAGUCACAUUGAUUGAUACAAAAGAACUUUUAAAGCCAGUCAUGGUAUAUUUUGUCACAGUAUCCAAAGAUCUUGACGGCUGUAUAUACGUAAUCAGUGCACGGGAGUGGAAAAAUCUAAACUUCUUUCAAAGGCGUUGGUUGAAGAAGAACAAAUACACGAACAACUGCAGAGACUUGAAUAAGUGCUUCAGAGAUAAGAAACUUCCAGAAAAAUCCGAUCCCACUUUUCGUUGUUACGACAGAUUUUCAUUUUGCUCCUUAAGAAAAAGUAAGCUUAGAGGACCAAAGGGAAAGCUAACCAGGUGUAUUAGAAGGACUAAACUUUAACUAUGGCAAAAUGAAAUUAAAAACAGAGUGUACUACUCUUACAAAUACUAAAAUGAAUUCGCAGUCAUGAUUUCCAAAAUUUAGUUUUUGAA